CUUGGCAGAGCCCUCAGUCUUCAGGAUGAUUUUCUUUUGAAAUUUGUGAGCUCAGGACUUGCAGAGAUCCCAGAUGCCUGUGAUAUGUAAUGUUGAGAGCAAUGGACCACCAUCAGCUGUAUCUCCCCGAACCCCUGAAGGUUGCCUAUAGAAAAGUCAGCCCGUAUGGAAGGUUCCAGCAACCCAGAAAGAAAAACGGCUCACUCAAAAGGAAGGGGAUUGAAAGAUGGCAUAGAGCAGUGUCUACUAACUUAGCAAAGCAAAAUGUAUUGGUCCCCAAAGAGGAAUCAUCCAGUGAAAGUGAUGUGGGAUUUCACGAAAGCCGGCAAAAUCAGAAAAGAAAUGUCAUGAAGAAAGUGAAGACGGCUUUGGGGAGGAUGCUGUCACACAAGUACAGAUGCAAGCCUGCAAGUCCCAGUAGAAGGGGCUCCAGGAACCACAAGGAAGCCCUCCUGUCCCCCACACAGAGCCUUCUUCCUCGGAUUGUCAGGGAGCUUCCGUCUCCCAAGUUAUUUACCAAGCCAAGAAUGAGAAAGCUGCCGCAGAAUGCCACCAUACAGCUUGACCUGGAGGCCGAGACGGAAGAGAUAACGCGAGGGCGUGGCCUCCUGCGGGCUCGGAGAACCACCAAGCGCUUGUCGGUGACAUCUCUCCCCUCCGGACUGCUGAAGGUACCCUAUUCAUCAAAAAAGAGACCACACUUCCCAGCUCUUAAAAAAAAGAAACGUGGCAUGGAAAAAUUCCUUCGAAAAUCAGAUUUGACAGUAGGAAAGCUUCAAAUGCAGGUAGACGACCUCAUAGAGACAGUGACAGAUAAAUCCAUGAAGCUAUUGGCCCAAAGACACGCUGAACUUCAACACUGCGAGUUCCUAGGGGAUGAAAUUCUUCAGUCCUCCAAGCAAUUUCAGAGAGUAUCAAAGAGAACCAUAAGGAAGUACAAACUGAAAAAUGUGUGCUUCCCGUGUAGCUGUUGCUGCUUCUGAUUUUGGUCUUGGCUGUAUAGGUUAUCUGCUGUAUAAUCCUGAAUACAUAGCUAUCUAGUGAAUUAUUCAGUGAGAAGGGGAGGCAUGUUUUGUAGAAUAUUCUGCCCAAUAGUCCUUUUAAAGAAAGACUUUUGAAGACUUGAUUUUUAAUUCUGAGUCCAUAAAAACAAUUUUUGGCUUCAUAAUUUGUAUCAAUCAUGGAAAACUGAGGUAUUUCUCAGGAUGUAGCAAUUCUACGAAGAAUUCCUCCCAUGUUUUUCUAGAUGAAAUUAGAGGAAUCAUUUAUAGAUAGUAUGACACUUUCAAUGACUACUACUGAGCUAAUUUUAAACUUUCACUUUUAAAGAUAAAAAUUCUCAUUAAAAUAAAAAUGUAAGAUUAUUAAUCUAUGAUUCAUGCAAAGUGUGAUGUUUCUGAACUAAAAUAAACGAUGAACUAAAAUAAAGGAUGAAACAUAUAAUAAGUAUUGCACAUGUGAUCCAACACUUAAUAAUUCAGCCUUAUCUUAAAUUUCAGAUUAUGAAACUCUUUAU